AUGGUGCUGGGCUUCUUCUCUCUGAGGCUCUCCCACCUGUGGGCUUCUGCAGUGAUCUUAUUCAUAGGCUUUCUCAAGCUCCCCCGCUUGCUGCUGAGGAGGCAGAAGUUGGCCAGGGCUAUGGACAGCUUCCCAGGACCCCCCUCCCACUGGCUCUUUGGGUAUGCCCACGAGGUAUACCGGUGCCUGGACAAGGUGGUGUCCUGGGCCCACCAGUUCCCCUAUGCCCACCCACUCUGGUUUGGACAAUUCAUUGGCUUCCUGAACAUCUAUGAGCCUGACUAUGCCAAAGCCGUGUAUAGCCGCAGGGACCCUAAGGCCCCGGAUGUGUAUGACUUCUUUCUCCAGUGGAUUGGAAAAGGCCUUCUGGUUCUGGAUGGGCCCAAGUGGUUCCAGCACCGCAGGCUGCUGACACCUGGCUUCCAUUAUGAUGUGCUGAAGCCUUAUGUGCCUAUGUUUGCUGACUCUGCACGUGCCAUGCUGGACAACUGGGAGAAAAAAGCUCAGGAGAAUAGGAGCUUUGACAUCUUCAGUGAUGUGGGUCACAUGGCUCUGGACACACUCAUGAAGUGCACCUUUGGCAAAGCGGACAGCGGCCUGAGCCACAGGGACAGUGACUACUACCUGGCAGUCAGUGACCUCACACUGCUGAUGCAGCAGCGCAUUGACUCCUUCCAGUACCACAAUGACUUCAUCUAUUGGCUCACUCCACAUGGCCGCCGCUUCCUGAGGGCUUGCCAGACAGCCCAUGACCAUACAGACCAGGUCAUCAGGAAGCGGAAGGAAGCCCUGAAGCAUGAGAAGGAGCAGGAGAAGAUUCAGAACCGAAGGCACCUGGAUUUCCUGGACAUUCUCUUAGGUGCUCAGGAUGAAAGUGGGACCAUGCUGUCAGAUGCAGACCUUCGGGCUGAAGUGGACACAUUCAUGUUUGAAGGCCAUGACACCACCACCAGUGGUAUCUCCUGGUUUCUCUACUGCAUGACGCUGUAUCCUGAGCACCAGCAGCAUUGCAGGGAAGAGGUCCACGAGAUCCUGGGGGACCAGCACUCCUUCCAGUGGGAUGAUCUGGGCAAGAUGAUCUACUCGACCAUGUGCAGCAAGGACAGUUUCCGCCUCUACACACCUGUACCCCAGGUGUACCGCCAUCUGAGCAAGACUGUCACCUUUGUGGAUGGCCGCUCUCUACCUGAAGGCAGCCUGAUCUCUCUGCACAUCUAUGCCCUCCAUAGGAACAGUGCAGUAUGGACUAACCCACAGGAGUUUGACCCACUGUGCUUUUCCUCUGAGAAUGUGACUGGAUGCCACCCCUUCACCUUCUUGCCCUUCUCUGCUGGCCCCAGGAAUUGCAUUGGGCAGCAGUUUGCCAAAGAGAUGAAGGUGGUCACAGCCCUCUGUUUGCUCUGCUUUGAGUUCUGUCUGAAUCCCUCCCAACUGCCUAUCAAGAUGCCCCACGUGGUCCUGCGCUCCAAGAAUGGUAUCCACCUCCAUCUGAAACCGCUGGGCCGUGGGUCUGGGAAGUAG